AUGAGGAGGCUGUGGUGGUCUUGUGGUUCCCUCCUCCUACAGGCUGUGGGUGUAGCUCUCUUCCUCUCUGGAUUCCUGCUCACAAGGAAGGAGCUCUCAGUGCUGUCGGCAUGUGAAGAUGCGCAGGCUCGCUGCGACGAUUCUCCAUCCAGCAUCUGCAGCCUUACGAAUCUCGCUCCUUCCAAGUGCCGCCAGCAGCACGAGCGGAGCAUCCAGGACUUCAGAAUCGUCAUGCUGAUCAUCGUCGACGCCCUCCGUUACGAUUUCGCGCCAUUCUUCCCCGCCAUUGAGCGAUGCCUGCACGACUCGCCCAACUCCUCCAGGCUCUUCAGCUUUGUAGCAGAUGCUCCCACCACGACCAUGCAGCGGCUCAAGGGGCUGACGACAGGAGGGCUGCCGACUUUCGUAGACGCUGGCAGGUCGUUUGAUGCUAGUAUCGACAUCCAGGAGGACACGUGGGUUCAGCAGGCCGUGAGUGCAGGAUGGGAGGUAUCAGUCACAGGGGACGACACUUGGUCCAGCCUGUUUCCUCCUCCUCGUCUGACGUCGAACCUGCCGUUUCCGAGCCUGAACGUCAAGGACAUCGAUGGUUGCGAUGACCAUGUGCUUCAGACGUUCCCGGGGAUGGUUGAGGAGGCAGCGGGAGGGGAUAUGGGGAAGCGGAGCCUGCUUGUCGGGCACUUCCUGGGAGUCGACCACAUCGGGCAUCGGUAUGGGAUCGACCACCCGGAGAUGAGUCGGAAAAUCGCGAAGAUGGACGAAUUCUUGGAGAGGAUGAGGAGGAGGGCGAGGGAGAUCAAGGAGGAGGGGAGAGGAGAAGUGCUUCUGCUCUUCUUCGGCGACCACGGGCAGACUACAUCCGGGGACCAUGGAGGAGCAACGAGGGAGGAGGUCCAGUCGCUGCUGUUCGCCCACUCGACCCAAGACUUCGUCCCUCCGCUGUCUGCGGGAGCGGGAGAUAGGGAGAGACUCUACAAGUACAUGGGGGACGGUCAGCAGGAGCACGUGAAGAUGGCGGGGAUGGUGGAUGUACAGCGCGUUUGGCAGACGGACCUUGUUCCUACCCUCUCCAUCUUGCUGGGGACUCCGAUCCCAUUCGGGAACCUUGGGCACUUGAUUCCGUCCCUGCUGCCGUCGUCCCGUGGACUGGCCCGGGGGAAGGAGAGGAAGAAGGGCGAGGAGGAGGCAGAGGAGGAAGAAGAUGCGGCCAAUGCGCUAUCUGCGAUCAGGAUGAAUGCGAUUCAAGUGAAUGACUUCCUGACAAGAUAUCAACAAGAAACUUUCCGGUCGUUGCCGGAGAGCUUCACCAAGGAGGCAGAGAGAAAGUUUGCAGGUUGCGAGAUGAAGUUCCAGGAGCUGGCAGGGAGGAGGGGGAUAGGGAUCGUACAAGUGAGGAUCGAGGACUACAGCGACUACCUGGCUUUCGUGGCAGAGGGAGCAAGGAGGGAGUGGGCGACGUUCGACGUUGAGAAGAUUUUCAUGGGGGUCUGCUUGCUGUUCCUCUCUGCUGUGGUAUCUGCCUUGUACCUGUACAGUCGGUUCUACAGGGAGCAAGGAAAGCUGAAGGCUCUCUCCCUCCCGCACUUGCUCCUCCUCCUCUGCUUCCUGCUCUACUGUGCUAGUCUGUUCAGCAACAGGUGA